GGCUGGGAGACUCCUCAGGCCCCCCUCCCCCUCCAUGUGGACACAGCAUCCUUGAGCUGAUACUUUGUUAUUAACCCUCUCCUGGCCGGGGCUGCAGUUGUAGGUCUCAGUCAGUAAAGUAUACAGGGAGGGGGCCACAGUGAGUGCUCAGAGCCUGGACAGGGGGGGCUUGGGGGAGUGUGAGACCCAUUGCUGAGAUUGUAGAGCUUGAGGCAGGCUGCCCUCACCUACCCCUGGGGUAACUUGCUGCAAGAAGAGGGGAGGGUAAAAGGAAGAAAAGAUGGCUCUGGAUGGGAUCCGAAUGCCAGAUGGCUGCUAUGCGGAUGGAACCUGGGAAUUAAAUGUCCAUAUCACCGACCUAAGCCGGGAUGUCACCUUGAGGGUCACCGGGGAGGUCCACAUUGGCGGUGUGAUGCUGAAAUUGGUGGAGAAACUUGAUGUGAAGAAAGACUGGUCAGACCAUGCUUUGUGGUGGGAGAAGAAGAAAACUUGGCUUCUAAAGACCCAUUGGACGUUGGACAAGUAUGGAAUCCAAGCGGACGCAAGGCUUCAAUUUACCCCGCAGCACAAAGUUCUCAGACUGCAGCUUCCUAACAUGAAAUAUGUAAAAGUCAAGGUGAACUUCUCAGACAGAGUCUUCAAAGCCGUCUCCGACAUCUGCAAGACCUUCAAUAUCAGACAUCCAGAGGAACUUUCACUUCUUCGAAAACCAAGAGAUCCCUCUAAGAAAAGAAAGAAAAAGAUUGAAGAACAAUGUGAAGAGAACAUUCUCGAACUUGAGGGGCCUUUACUGACCCCCGGUUCUGGCACUGAGGUUCUUUAUAUUGGGCCGGUGAAAGGAAGUAUAUAUUCCAGUCCUGGCUUGUACAGUAAAACCAUGACUCCCACAUACGACGCGCGUGACGGAAGUCCCCUUUCCCCAACGUCUGCUUGGUUUGGAGACAGUGCCUUGUCUGAAGGAAAUCCCGGCAUACUUGCCGUCAGCCAACCGAUCACCUCUCCUGACAUUUUGGCCAAACUCUACAAGCCUCAGUCCCUUCUUGACAAAGCAAAAAUAAACCAAGGAUGGCUGGAUUCCUCAAGAUCAUUAAUGGAACAGGAAGUUAAGGAAAAUGAAGCCUUACUACUUCGAUUUAAGUACUACAGCUUUUUUGACUUGAAUCCAAAGUACGACGCCAUCCGGAUCAACCAGUUAUACGAACAAGCCAAAUGGGCGAUCCUGCUGGAGGAGAUAGACUGCACAGAGGAGGAGAUGAUGAUGUUUGCAGCGCUGCAGUAUCAUAUAAACAAACUUUCUAUGAUGUCAACUGAAAAUCACUACAAUAACAGCGACAAAGAGGUAGAUGAGGUCGAUGCUGCACUCUCUGACCUGGAGAUCACUUUGGAAGGAGGGAAAACCUCCACUAUUCUGGGGGACAUUACCUCUAUUCCAGAACUUACCGACUACUUAAAGGUCUUCAAGCCAAAGAAGCUCACUCUGAAAGGAUACAAACCGUAUUGGUGUACCUUUAAAGACACCUCCAUCUCCUGUUAUAAGAGUAAGGAGGAAUCCAGUGGCACUCCUGUCCAUCAAAUGAACUUGAGAGGUUGUGAGGUGACGCCAGAUGUUAAUAUCUCUGGGCAGAAGUUUAACAUUCGCCUUCUUAUCCCCGUUGCCGAGGGCAUGCAUGAGAUCUGGCUGCGCUGCGAUAAUGAGAAGCAGUAUGCCAACUGGAUGGCAGCCUGCAGAUUGGCAUCAAAGGGCAAGACCAUGGCAGAUAGCUCAUACAGCUUGGAAGUCCAGAACAUCUUAUCUUUUCUAAAGAUGCAACAUUUAAACCCAGACCCACCACUAAUCCCUGACCAAAUGAACUCUGACAUUAACCCGGAAUGUGUGGUUUCUCCUCGCUAUUUAAAGAAGUACAAAAAUAAACAGCUGGGCUAUGUACGAGAAUUGAUCACAGCCCGGAUUCUAGAGGCGCAUCAGAAUGUCGCUCAGAUGAGUCUUAUAGAAGCAAAGAUGAGAUUUAUCCAGGCCUGGCAGUCUCUUCCUGAAUUCGGGAUCUCUCAUUUCCUUGCCAGAUUUCAAGGAGGUAAAAAGGAAGAAUUGAUCGGGAUCGCUUAUAACAGACUGAUCCGAAUGGACGCAAGCACCGGCGAUGCCAUUAAGACCUGGCGUUUCAGCAAUAUGAAACAAUGGAACGUCAACUGGGAAAUUAAAAUGGUGACUGUGGAGUUUGCCGAUGAAAUGAGGUUGUCCUUUAUCUGCACAGAAGUCGACUGCAAAACAGUCCACGAAUUUAUUGGCGGUUACAUUUUCCUGUCUACUCGGGCAAAGGACCAGAACGAAAGUCUAGAUGAAGAAAUGUUCUUCAAGCUUACAAGCGGUUGGGUGUGAGGGUUCCUGACCCAGCCGCCCACUGCUAUGAAUUCCUCAGAGCGGUUUCUCUCAAUUUCCCCCCACACCCCCUUAAAGCUGCUUUAAAUCAGACACAAUAAAGUGCUUGAAAUGUAUCCAGUCUAAUUUUACAGAUCUGUGCACAAUCAAGCACUUCAAUCACCGAGUGGAGAGCGAGACAAAGCUCAUACCAACGCGUCUCGCAUCCCCUUGGUACUCUGUCAACCAUCCACCGUCUGUAGCAAGUUCAGCAGUUGUCAUGGUGGAAAGCCAGGAUUUUUAUCUUUCAGUUUUCAUCAGUCCGCGUUUGUGACCGCAAAAAUGGUUAUACGAAGGAAAGCUUACGAAUUUGAAGCCAUUAUCUAUAUAAAUAUCCAGGGCUUAAGAUAUUAUAUAAUAUAUUAUUUAUCAGGUGCAUUGCAUGUAUUUUUAUAUUUCGGAUUUCUCAAGUUGACCUCGUGUUUUUCAAACUGCCUCCUGCCUUUCAGAAAGAUUUUAACUUGUCUUUGCGACAUGCCGGGUCAACGUGAAAUCGUCGGCUACUCUAUCAAAUUAAAAAUACCGCGGCCUUUAAGAAUCUGCCAUGUUGGCGCCUGUGACCGGUGUCUUGUCCUGCUUUAUUAUUUCUUUCAGUCUACUGCAGGCCUGCCCUACAAUGGCCUUCCGACUUUUGCUGGACUACAACUCUGAGGAUUCUGGGAAAUGUAGUCCCAGCAAUGUUUCUAGAGCCAUGGGUGGAUUACCAUAUAGUAUUAAAGAAAUGUAGUAUUUACCAGCAGAUAUGCAACAUUUCAUUCUGAUAUGAAGUAAAGGUCUAAUGAAGUAUACGUUUUUGUGUAACUUAUGUAAAAACACAAAUUUUAUAAAACUGUACAGUUUUUUUUUUUGUUUUGUUUUUUUGUUCUAAACGACUCACGCAUUUUCUUUAGCUAUAGUGCCUUCAUUUAAAAUUUAUAUUUUGCAUUUAAGAAUGUAUGCCUCAAUUUUUCUAGUAUUAAAAGCGAUUCACUACAAUAUUAAUAUUUGUGACCCUAAUGAAAUGUUGAGGGUCUCUUUGGGAACCUGGUAUUUGGGCUGCAGAGACACGCUGAAUUAUGCAAUGAUGGCUUCACGCCGCUGACCUCUUAAAGGCGCCAUUACCCAUGAUGCUUUUAUCCCGUGCUGGAUGUGGGCAUAAUUAAUGUGGCAUACCCUUUUAAAAUAUAUAUAUAUAUUUUUUCCCCUAAAUAAAUGUAGUUUAUCUUAUUUUUAUUUUUUUGUCCUUAAUGAACAAUUUGAGUUAACCUCUGAAUUUGACAUUCCCUGGUGCCAAGCUGGGCCAAUAUCCAGGUCCUCACAUCCACUACAAGCGGGGUAUAACCUGCAAAUCAACAUCAACACUAAAGGUCUAUAGUCCCAGACUGUUCUGUGUCCCACUAACCAGGCUGGCUGCCAAUCAAAAAGGACGCUGAACGGUUUGAUCAAACAUGGUCCCUGCCUCAUUCAGUAGUGAGGGUUUGCGAUGCAUUGCUUGUACUCGACCAUAUUUAAAGUAUUAUUGUGUUGCAUUGUCAGAGUGGAAUGCAUUCUCAGAACUUCUACAAAUAGUGUUUAAACCUGCUUUGUUAUGACAUAAAACUAUGUAAAAAUGCUUUUUAUUUUAAAUAAAAGAUAACCUU